UGUUAAGAAACAAAACACAAAAAGCUCUAUAACUGUCACGUUAAUGGAGAACGCAGGACACUGCUCGUCAUCUUCAACCCUCACAAGCACCAAUACAGAGUCCUCUCAAACCACCGCCAAGAAGCGAAAGGCCGGGCGAAAGAAGUUUCGGGAGACACGUCAUCCCAUUUACAGGGGGGUUCGACGAAGAAAUGGCAAGUGGGUGUGCGAGCUUCGAGAGCCAAACAAGAAGACUCGUAUAUGGCUGGGGACUUUCUCACGCCCUGAGAUGGCGGCAAGGGCUUAUGAUGCGGCAGUUUUGGCUCUUCGAGGAGAGUCUGCUUCAUUAAACUUUCCGGAGACUGCAAGUUCAUUGCCACGUGCAAGGUCAGAUAACAUUCGGGAUAUUCAAUAUGCUGCAAUGGAGGCUUCAGGGGGAUUUGGUAAGGAAAAAUAUUGUUCUUCAUCGUCGUUGUCGUCGUCGUGCAUGGUGGAGAAUUCUGAGGUUAAUGUUGAUGAAGUGUUUUUGGAUGAAGAAGAGGUGUUUAAUAUGCCUGGAAUACUUGAUGGCUUGGCUGAAGCUUUGAUUCUUACACCACCAGCUCUGAAGAAAGGGUUCAAAUGGGAUGAUGUGGAGGACACGGUGGAUUUAACUUUGUGGAGUGAUUAAUUUAGAAUGAUUGAUAAUUGAGUAUUAUUUAUCUUUAAUUUAAAAUGAGAUAUGUAUUCUUCGUACUAAAAACAACGUGUAAACAUAGUUUAAUGGAAUGUUUUUUAACAUUGACUUCAA